AUGCAUCGUCUUUUUGCUGAGCUGGAGCCAUCUUUAAUCGUCACAGAGCAAAACCUGGCAGACCGAGUUCGGUAUAUCUUGCGCUCAAAUAUAUUUGAUGUCGCCGAACUCGAACGGCUACGACGUGAGGCUGUUCCCUCGUCGGAUGAGAAUGCUACGGCUGAGGAUGCGGCGCCACAAAUGGUAGAGCAACCCGCAAACGUGGAUGCCGCCGUGAAUACCCCAGUUGUGGUUGAUUCAAACGAUGAUGGAACAGUCGCCCAGGAACUGGAAUUAGAGCAUAUGAGGAGUAUAUUGGAAGAGGCGAUUGUGGAAACGCGCAGUACGCCUCUCGAAAAUCGACCGCAACUUCCCCGCAUAGCCCUAAGCAAGCGGAAUCGGGCUGUCGUGAGGGCUCUGAACCCAAUGCUGGUUACCUAUUUGGAAGCCAGCCGGGACCUUUGCGAGACGGACUCAAUUCUUUUUGGCGCCGCGCUGGCAGUCUGCCGUAUCAUAGGCGCCAAGGUUUCCACGGCUGGACGCGCUACUGGCCAUAGUAGCGCUAUCCCAGCAUGGAGAAGAAGAAUUGAGGAACGUAUCGCAAAGGCUAGAGCUCUCAUCGGCAGACUGAUAUGCUUCAGAUCAGGCAACAACAGGCCAAGAAUUGUGCGCACCGUCAGGAUGGCGUUUGCUGGGACAAAUGUCAGUUUGUCCCAGCCGGAUAUAACGCAAAAACUGACGGAGCGCAUAGAUGAUCUGAAGCAGAGAAUCGCUGCUUGGGGAAAGCGGAUUCGGCGAUAUACCGAGAGGUCGACACGGUUCAACCAGAAUCGUCUCUUCCAGAGUGAUCAGAAGAGGCUCUAUGAAUCAUUGGAGCGACCAAUGGUAAGUGGAACGGGUCCAGCACCGAAUCAGGCCGACACUGUAGCAUUCUGGCGCGGCCUGUGGUCAGAGCCCGUAAACCACAGCGAGGGCCCUUGGACGGAAGUUGUGGCGAGUCAGUGUGCGGGUAUUACGCCCAUGGACCCCGUCAUCAUAACGCCGGAUGACGUAGCUGAGGCGGUUCGUAGGGCCCCGAACUGGAAAAGUCCGGGGCUUGACGGGCUGCAUCACUACUGGCUGAAGGGGUUCAUGGUGUGUCACUCUGUGCUCGCCCGACAGUUUCAAGAGGCUCUCAACCAGAAGUCGCUCCCAAGCCUCUUCACUACUGGGAUCACUCAUUUAGUUCCUAAAGACCAGGGUACAACUUUUGCGAGCAUUCACAUAUCUGGAAAGCGUUCUGUUUUUAAGGGUUUGUUAUACAUAAAGUAA